UAAAGCCAAUAAUGACUUUCCUACUCCUCAUCUCCAACUUGAAUAUUGCUACUUUUAGACCCACCUGUUUGUUUUUUCAUGUAUUCAUCUCCAUCCUUCUUUUUCUUUCUCAUGGAUUCACUGCUGAAGCUGACAAAGUAAUCAUACAAAUCGGUGCCAUCAUUGAUGUUGAUUCUCGUUUCGGCAAAGAACAAAAGAUGGCCAUGAAAAUUGCACUUCACAACUUCAACAAGAAGUCCAAACUUCACAAGCUCUCUCUUCAUUUUAGAAAUUCUGGCAGUGACGACCCCAUCCGAUCAGCUCUUGCUGCUGAAGAGCUGAUUAAGGAGAAACAAGUCCAAGUGAUUAUGGGCAUGGAUACAUGGGAGGAAGCUGCUUUAGUGGCAGACAUCGGAUCCCAAGCUCAAGUCCCGGUUCUUUCAUUUGUAACCGCUCCAUUUACACCAGCAUUGGUGCGGCUUGGAUGGCCUUUCUUGGUGCAAAUGGUUACAGAUGGCUCCGAACAAAUGAAUUGCGUUGCAGCUGUUGUUCAAUCCUUCAAUCGGCAAAGUGUUGUAGCCAUCUACGAAGAAGACAUCCACGGUGGUGAUCCCGGGAAGCUAACCCUGUUAUCCAAGGCCCUUAAAAAUGUUGGCUCGGAUAUAGACUAUCAUCUGGUGCUUCCACCAUUUUCUGAUCUAUCAAAUCCUCAGCAGUCCAUAAAUAAGGAGCUGUCUAAGUUAGAAAACACCACAAGAUCUAGGGUGUUUAUUUUUCUACAUUCAUCAUUACCGCUGACAGAUCUUUUGUUCAGUGAAGCGAAGAAGAUGAGCUUUAUGCGAAAAGACUCGGUGUGGAUAAUUGCAGACACCACCAGAAGCCUUCUGAAUUCUGUCAGCCGUCCUGUUGUCUCUGCCAUGGAAGGUACUCUUGGAAUCAAACCCUACUAUUCUGAAAAUAGCAGUUCUUUCAAACACUUUCAUGAGCAGUUUCAGCAAAAUUUCCAAUUAGAUUAUCCUGAGGAAGAUAACACUGAGCCUGGAAUUCAUGCGCUUCGAGCUUAUGAUAGCAUUAUGACUAUUACACAGGCGAUAGUGAAAUCAGCUGGUAAAAUGAAUUCCUCAAAAAUGUUGGAAAAUAUUUUAUCAAGCAACUUCGCAGGUUUAAGUGGAGAAUUGCGAUUUCAAGAGGGAAGACUUUCAAGCUCCCAAAAAUUUAGUAUAGUGAACAUUGGCAAUCAGGAAAACAAUAACCUUGGCUUUUGGUCAUCAGAGUUAGGGUUCUUAGAUAGCCCUAGUACCAUGAAAAAUUUGGCUGGUUUCGCGGAGGUGUUAAGGCCUGGGGACCCAAAGCGAAUCCUGAGAGAAGGGGGGAAUGCAAGACCAAUGAAUAUUGCAGUUCCUGGUAUAGUCCCUUUUAAGGAAUUUCUCAGCCAAGAUGAGAAGAGAUUUACUGGUUUUUGUAUCAGUGUUUAUGAGGAGGUGAAAAGGAUUUUGGAGGACGAUCAUAUUUGUGAUUUACCGUCUACUACUAAAUUUCACCCGUUCAAUGGAAGCUAUAAUGAUUUGGUUGAAUCGGUUCAUAACAAGACUUAUGAUGCUGCUGUUGGUGACAUAACGAUAACAACUAAGCGUUGGGACCUAGUUGAAUUUACAGUACCUUUUAUCGAGUCAGGUUUGCUUAUAGUGGUUCCAGUUAAGCGGACUUCCAAAGCAUGGUUGUUUCUGAAGCCUUUCACCAUGAAAAUGUGGGUGGCGACGGGGGCAAUCUUCUGCUACACAAUGUUCAUAGUUUGGUUCUUGGAGCAACGUUCCAAUCCAGAAUUUAGCGGCCCAUGGAAGGAACAACUUGGCAAUGUACUUUGGUUCACCUUCUCUACUCUGUUCUUUGCUCACAGGGAGAAGAUUAAAAGCAACUAUAGUCGUACUGUGAUCGUGGUGUGGCUUUUUGUGGUGUUGAUCUUAAUAGAAAGCUACGCUGCCAGCCUCACUUCAAUGCUCACCUUCUCAAGACUCCAGUCACCUGUGAGAGAUAUCGAGUGGAUAAAGACAACAAAUGCAACAGUGGGGUGCGAUGGUGCUGCAUUUGUUAGGAAGUACUUGGAGGAGGCUGAGCAUUUUGAACCAGGGAACAUCAUCGACAUCGGCAGCGAAAGCGAGUUCCAGACUGCAUUCAAGAAUGGCAGGAUUCAAGCAGCAGUUCUUGAAGUUCCUCAUGCCAAAGUUUUUGUCAAAAAACACUGCAAGCAGUACGCGUAUGGCGAUGGAUCAUUCACCAGAAGAUUUGGAGGAUUAGGCUUCGUGAGUAGUAGUGAAUGGAACUCUUUCCACUCAUUUCAUUCUCUAAUAUCUCCAAGUUUUUUGCUACAAAAAAAAAAAAAAAAUACUUCAGACAAUUUUUUUUAAUUUUUUUUAGCUAUGCAUAUAUAGAGAGAGAGAGAGAGAGAGAGAGAGAGAGAGUGACAAUUCCGAUAAUACAUUUGGGAUUACUGAUUGUAAUUAAAUUAUUGUUCAUGCUUUCUGUGCAGGUCUUUCAAAAAGGUUCCACAUUAGCUGCUAAUGUUUCUAAAGCCAUUCUUAAACUAUCAGAAAAUGGGAAGAUAAAAGAAUUAGAGAGACAGUUGUUUAGUCCCUCCUCGGAGUGUUUGAGGUCCCAAACUAUCGAAGAAAAUGAUAGCAUGACCAUUGAGGACUUCUUGGGCCUCUAUGUAAUCUACGCAGCCACUUCCACCAUUUGCUUUCUACUAUAUUUAUUGAAAAGGAAAUUUGGGCGAACGAUAAUUCUAGAUAGUGCUCCAACUUCUGCUAAUCAGAUUUAAAUGAUUCAAACACCUAAUUCAUAUUGGUCAAGUAGAAAAUAGAAAGGAAAAAAA